GGAAAAAAAAGAAGUAGACGGUGUGCAUGUGUUCAUUGCUUUUAUCAUCUCCAUCAUCAUCUUUUAUAGAAAGAGAAAACCAAGACCAAAACCCAAAACCAAAACCAAAACAAACAAACUUAGCUGUAGAGAGAGAAAAAACAAAUACCCGAAGCAAAUAAAAUCACAAAGUUUCUCUCCCCUUUUGAUCUUCACACUCUCUUUGUUAAUACAAAAUUCAUCUUCUUUUUAUCAUUUGUUGUGGUUAUUAUGAGGGCAGGUUUAAGUACAAUUCAACAAACACUAACGCCAGAGGCAGCAACAGUACUAAACCAUUCAAUAGCCGAAGCUAGUCGUCGUAAUCAUGGCCAAACAACACCACUACACGUUGCUGCCACUUUGCUCUCAUCACCAUCUGGAUUCCUUCGGCAGGCGUGUAUUCGAUCUCACCCCAAUUCAUCUCACCCGCUCCAGUGCCGCGCGCUCGAGCUCUGCUUCAGCGUAGCGCUCGAGCGGCUCCCGACCGCGCAGAACAUGACGCAGCCGGGGGCCGAGCCGCCGAUAUCUAAUGCGCUCAUGGCCGCGCUGAAGCGGGCGCAGGCGCAUCAGAGGAGGGGGUGUCCCGAGCAGCAACAGCAACCUUUGUUGGCUGUGAAGGUCGAGUUGGAACAGCUGAUUAUUUCGAUUUUGGAUGACCCUAGUGUUAGUCGUGUUAUGCGUGAAGCUAGUUUCUCUAGCCCAGCUGUUAAGAACACGAUUGAACAAACGUUGUCAUCGUGUAGUAAUAGUAGUAAUAGUCUAAAUAAUUCCUUGAAACAUCAAAGUCAUCAUGUUACUUUAUCUAGUUUUACUGGCAGCCGGAUUCUGUCGAAUCCGGCUGCUACUGCAGCACCUGUGAGUAGUAGGAGUAUGUAUUUGAAUCCAAAGUUGGUUGGGCGUGGGGGUGGGGGUGGGGGUGGGGGUGGGUUGGGACAAGGGCAAGGACAAUUGGGUAAUUUUCAAAGGAGUGAGGAAGUGAAGAGAGUGAUGGAGAUUAUGUUAAGGGGGAAGAAAAGGAAUCCAGUUUUAGUAGGUGAAGCUGAGCCAGAAGGUGUAGUAAAUGAACUUUUUAGCAAAAUUGAGAAAGGGGAAUUUGGGGUUUUGAAGGACAUACAAAUUGUCAAGAUGGCUCAAGAAUUCUCGCGCGAUAAGAAUGAAAUUGUUAACAAGAUUAAGGAAUUAGGAGGGGUGAUUGAGAGUAAAUUGAGCAAUUGUGGUGGUGUGGUUGUUCAUUUAGGGGAUUUGAAAUGGCUAGUUGAGCAACAACAACAACCCCCAAUGAUCUCGGAGAUUGGAAAAUCAUCGGUGAUUGAAAUGGCGAAGUUAGUAGCGCGAUUUCGAGAGGAUAAUGGCAAUAACAAUAGGUUGUGGUUGAUGGGUACAGCUACAUGUGAGACAUAUUUGAGAUGUCAAGUUUAUCAUUCAACUAUGGAAAAUGAUUGGGAUCUUCAAGCUGUUCCUAUUGCUUCAAGAUCUCCACAUCCAGGAAUAUUUCCAAGGCUUGGAAAUGAAAGAAUUCUUGGAAGUUCCUUGGAUCCUUUGAAUCCGCUGAAAAGCUUUACUGGUCCGGUGCCUGCACUACCUAGGCGUAUGCCGGAGAAUGUAAAUCCGAGAUUGAGGACGUCGUGUUGCCCUCAGUGCAAGGAGAAGUAUGACCUUGAGUUGGCAAAACUUGUAUCUGGGUUUGAGAAUUCGUCAUCUGAAGCUAAAUCGGAAUCUCCUCGACCCCAGUUGCCUCAGUGGUUGCAAAGUGCUAAGCUGAAGAAUGAUAGUAACGUAACUUCUCUGUCGCAGGUUAAGGAUCAAGGUCUUUUGCAGCAGAAGACUCAAGAACUACAAAAGAAGUGGAACAACACAUGCUUGGAACUUCAUCCUAAUUUCCAGCACAAUGUCGGUGGUCCUCAAAGAACCGUACCACCUGUUCUCUCUAUGCCAGGCUUAUACAAUCCGAACCUGCUUUUGCGUCAACCUUUACAGCCGAAGCUUGUUCCGAGCAGAAGCCUUGGAGUGAGCCUGCAACUGAACGCCACUCAAAUGGCUAGCCAACCUCAGGAAAAGGCAGCUAGCCCUCCCGCAAGCCCCGUAAGGACCGAUUUGGUUCUCGGACCAAAACCAAGUGAAACUACCCCGGAGAAAACUCUUGAAGAUCAAGCGAAGGACUUCCUCAGCUGCAUUUCUUCGGUGCCCGACAAGUUCGCUAGUGCGCUAGAUGCUGAUACCUUUAAAAGGCUUCUCAAGGGUCUAAUGGAGAAAGCAUGGUGGCAGCAAGACGCGUCCUCUUCCGUUGCUUCUGCCGUGUCGAGGUGCAGAUUGGGAAAUGGAAAACCGCAGGGUGGUGCACCGAAGGGUGACAUAUGGCUGUUAUUCACAGGUCCAGAUAGAUUUGCCAAGAGAAAGAUGGCAUCGGUCCUUGCAGAGCAAAUGUGCGGAAAUAGUCCUAUAAUGAUAUCGCUUGGUUCACGCCGAGACGAUGAAGAGUCGGACGUAGCUUUCCGUGGAAAAACAGCUGUAGACCGUAUUGCAGAGGCUGUUCGGAGGCAUCCAAUUUCAGUUAUUAUGCUCGAGGAUAUAGACGAAGCAAAUGUGCUAGUUCGUGGGAGCAUAAAACGAGCCAUGGACAGAGGUAGGCUUACGGAUUCACAUGGCCGCGAGAUUUGUCUUGGCAAUGUCAUAUUCAUCCUUACCGGAAAUUGGUCUACAAUGAGUCCCGAGAGCUACAAGAACGAGUAUGUCAUGGAAGAAAAGAAGCUGGUUGCGCUAGCUAGUUCCGAUUGGCAGUUAAGGUUAACAGUUGGUGAAAAGAGCGCCAAGCGCAGAGCGAAUUGGCUGCACGACGAAGACAGACCAAGAAAAGAAUUGAAUCUAGGACUCUCCAUCGAUCUAAAUGAAGCUGCAGAUUUCGAGGAUUAUAGAACCGACGGAUCCCUCAACUCAAGCGAUCUAACUGUUGAACGCGGAGAAGAGCACGGCCUUGAAAACCGACUAUUCUCAGUUACAUCAGUCCCUCACGAACUUGUCAGUUCCGUGGAUGACACCAUACCAUUCAAGCCAAUCGAAUUCCAUUUUGCUCGACUUGAGAUCAAGAAAACAAUCAGCAAGAAGUUCUCCAUGGUUAUCGUCGAUGACAAGGUCUCGAUAGAAGUUGAAGACGAUAUAGUAGACCGUAUCCUAGGUGGAUUAUGGCGUGGCCGGACAAGCCUAGAACAGUGGGUGGAGAAAGUUUUAGGUCCGAGCUUCGAUCAAAUCCAGCCGCGGCUAUCCUCCGCGAAUGAAAACGCCAUCGUUCGGCUUCAACUUGAUCUUCAUACAAACUCCAAUAGUCAUAACAAUGGAGAAUGUCUACCUAGCAAAGUCACAAUAGUGGCAAAUGGAGAGUAGUGAAAGUGAUAUUUUCCUUAUUCCACUUGGGUACAUUUGUACAUAGGGGAAAUUUGUGUGGCUUUGGAUAAACAAAAGAAAAUUAGAGAGGGGGUAAAGAACCUUUUUUUUUUUUGUUCCAAAUAUUUUUGUUUAAAUUUUUUUAAUAGUUUGGUUGUUAUAGUAAUGUUUUGUACUAGAUAUUUAUUAUUAUGAAGAACCAUAUGAUUAAUAAGAUGGAGAAAUUCUUCAUUAGGAAAUUCUCCAUUUUCCUAUGUAAGUGUAAAACUUUGUAUACAUGUUAUAAGUUCAAUAGUAGUUAGUAUUUUCUUAUA